AUGCAUCCAUAUGUGAUGCUAACACUGACUCAGGUCUCAACAAACUAUGGACGAACUGCCAUCUUUGCUCCUCUCCACUAUCGGCUCAAUGCAACUGUUAAGCUAAUAUCGAUUUCACGGCCUUGCAACACCAUAACGGGACUUGUUGCCGUUGAGAUAGCAAGCGAAAAUCCAAAUCCAAAUCGCUUUAUCCGAAUCGGUAGAACUGGUGCUGCAUUUCUCCGUAAUGCUCAUUUUCAUGCCGACAUCUCGCAACCAGCUAAGUUCUCUAAGAUCUGCAAGAACUAA